AACAUCCAAAUGAAUCAUCCUCCAAAGGAAAAGGAAAAUUCAAACCACCACAGGCUAAAACUCAUGAAAAGCCAAAACCAAGUGGUGAAUGCUAUAAAUGUGGCAUAAAAGGACAUUGGGCUAAUGAAUGUCGAACGACAAAACAUUUGGCUCUCUCGUACACCACCGUCCACCGAUCCUCAGUUGCUGUGGCGUGAACCACAUAGAAUCACCAUUGACUAGCCUCUCACUGUUGGGGACGACGAUCAAUUCAGUUAAGAUUGUUCUGGGUCGCCUUUUCGAUCAUGUCCUCCAAACCUUUGGACUAUGAGAAUCUGAAUGAAAAUGUGAAGAAGUGUCAAUAUGCUGUCAGGGGCGAGCUUUAUCUCCGGGCUUCAGAACUUCAAAAACAAGGGAAGAAGAUCAUCUUCACUAAUGUUGGCAACCCCCAUGCCCUUGGACAAAAGCCCCUCACUUUUCCUCGCCAGGUAAUCGCGCUCUGCCAAGCUCCCUUUUUACUAGAUGAUCCGAAUGUGGAGCAUAUAUUCCCCGCCGAUGCAAUUGCAAGAGCUAAACAAUAUCUUGCCAUGACUUCUGGGGGUCUUGGUGCUUACAGUGAUUCUCGUGGAAUUCCCGGAGUUAGGAAAGAAGUAGCGGAGUUCAUCGAGAGACGAGAUGGACACCCAAGUGAUGCAGAGCUCAUAUUUCUCACAGAUGGAGCCAGCAAAGGAGUAGCGCAAAUCUUGAAUGCUAUCAUUCGCGGUCCAAAUGAUGGGAUAUUAGUCCCUGUUCCACAAUAUCCACUGUACUCGGCUACAAUAUCUUUACUUGGGGGUUCUCUUGUUCCUUAUUACCUCGAAGAGACUGCAAAUUGGGGUUUGGAUAUCAAGGACCUUCAUCGUUCAGUUGCAGAAGCUCGAUCCAAAGGAUUAAUGAUACGAGCAAUGGUGAUUAUAAACCCCGGAAAUCCUACUGGGCAAUGUCUUAGUGAAACAAAUUUGAAAGAGAUAAUGCGGUUCUGUUACCGAGAGAAUUUGGUCUUGCUUGGGGAUGAAGUUUAUCAACAGAAUAUCUACCAAGACGUGCGCCCCUUUAUCAGUGCAAGAAAGGUGCUAUUGGAUAUGGGCACACCCAUAAGCAGAGAAGUUCAGCUUCUUUCUUUCCACACUGUCUCAAAGGGAUACUGGGGUGAAUGUGGACAGCGCGGUGGAUAUUUUGAGAUGACCAAUAUCCCUCCCAAGACCGUGGAGGAGAUAUACAAGAUUUCAUCAAUAUCCCUUAGUCCAAAUGUGCCCGCGCAGAUAUUCCUAGGGCUAAUGGCGAACCCUCCUAAACCUGGAGAUAUCUCUUAUGAUCAAUUCAUAAGGGAAAGCAAAGGGAUUCUUGAUUCGCUAAGGAGAAGGGCGCAUAUAAUGACCAACGGAUUCAAUAGCUGCAUAAAUGUUGUGUGCAAUUUCACCGAAGGUGCCAUGUAUUCCUUCCCACAAAUACGCCUACCCCAAAGAGCUAUUGAGGCUGCGAAGAGUCUUGGAAAAGCUCCCGAUGUUUUCUACUGUCUCAAGCUCUUGGAAGCCACUGGAAUCUCCACCGUUCCUGGCUCAGGAUUCGGUCAAAAGGAAGGGGUUUUCCACCUUAGGACGACUAUCCUCCCGGCUGAGGAUGAGAUGCCAGCUAUGAUGGCUAGUUUCAAAGAGUUCAACGAUGGGUUCAUGGACCAAUAUGAAGAUCACGGACGCUAUUCCAGGAUGUAACUGCUGGUUAUAUGCCAAAAAUAUAUAAUCAACUUUUACGAUUAUCGCGCUAUACAUAAAUAAUCCGAUGAACUCUUGAGGUAAAUCAUUCUACAGGUCGUGCCAUUUUCGAUUCCCUCGUGGUUUCAGGUUAUGUUUCAGUUCCAUGUGGUCAUUUUCCAAGACAGGUUUUGUGUUUUCCAAGGAAUGAACUUCAGGUAUCAAAGACCACAUGGGUGGCAUGGAUAUUUAAAUGAAAAGGUACCACGUAUAUAAGUUCCCUUUGAAUGUGAAAGAGAAAGUACCCCUAGUCCUUUUUCCAAUGAUUGAUUUGAAAAAUAACCUCGGGUUUUAUUU